UGUAUUGCCAACCCUUUCCAACACUAUGCAACGGUAGCUGCUACCUGUCAUAAAGAAAAUAUAUUCAUUUGGAGUGGAAAACUCACCCUUUGCGAGUGUCGUGUUCUUGUCGGUAACAACAAUGAGCGGUUACGGCGCAGGGAACAGUAUCCUGGGCAACCAGUCCACAGGCUCGAAACAAGUAAAACCCAAACAAAAGCCAAAGAAAAUAAAGAAAGAAUUAAAAUGUGCCAAGGAGACGAUGGACUCGAAGGCCACUGCCAGUUACUUCAGUCUCAGCAUCACGGGUCAGAUAGUGUCCGCCACAUUUCCACUGGGCCCCGACAAGGAGUUCGUCUUCCUGCGCUACGAACUGGUGGCCGGGCCCGACUGGCAACUGGUCUCUGGGCCGCAGCAUGGACUCACGCAGCUGGCCACGAACAAGCAUGGACACUUCAACGAACCGAUUGUCUUCAGUAUGCCCAUCGAGGUGACCUACAAGAGCACCAGUCCCUUUGGCUGGCCCCAGCUGCUGGUGAGCGUGUUCGGACGCAGUGGCAUGGGACGGGAGGUCCUGAUGGGCUAUGCCCACAUACAUCUCCCAGUGUUCGGUAGUCGUCCUGCCACUGACGAGAGCUGCGAGCGGGAAGCUUCCAUCCUGCUGCCCAAGUGCCCAAAUAUGAUAGCCGAUGUGACCAGUUGGCUGCUGCGUCGAGAGCCAGAACUAAAGGACCCCAAGGUCCUGCUAAACAGCAUGAAGUGCAAAGGGCUCUCCAUGGAGUCCUACGGCAGCCUGAAGUUCCAGCUGCACACGAUGAUGAGGGGAGCCCGCAAACUGGGCUACAAGUGGCAUGCCUGAGCAGGUGGCAGGCCCGUGGAUGUGUGUCAAUAAAACGUGAACUUAUCGAAUCAGGGAA